AUGGCACAUCCAAGCAAAGCCAGAAAGACUCGGAGCCAAAAAGGCGUCAAAGAUGCCGCCACAGUCGCUGCUCGCCAUACCGCAGUGGGUGCUAGUACGGCUGCUGCCUUCGAUGAACCAACGAUGAACCAUAGGUCUAGUAAAGGCUUUCCAAGCCGUGUCCGCAAUUCAUCCAGCAUUGCACGAAUUACUGCAAUCAAUGCUUCGAAGCUUCGAGUUGACUCGAUGUCGGACAUGCAGCUCAAUGACAUGGCCACGAAGCAGCUCUUGGCCGAAUUCGAGGCUACUCUAGCGAGCCCCAGAAAGGGGCAUUUCGAAAGAGCCUGUCAUACUUUUGCCAACUCUGCUUGCCUCGGCAAAGCUCUCGACAAUGAGACACCAGCCCAGAUGUCUUCCAAUCAAAAUCAUGCUUUACGUAAUCAAUUCUCGUAUUUCGAGUCGAUCGACAACAGGGCGACCACGGAAAAUUCCGAUCCGAGAGCAAUCGAGCACCAAUCACAAGUACCCUACCACGCCUGCGUCGGUCUGCGCGACGAGACCCACCUAUGUCUCUCAAGGGUCACCAUAGUCCCACUCAAUGUUCAAACAACACCAAAAGAAUCCUUGAUGAAGUACAUGUUUUUCGACAAGGUCAAACAUCUCAAGGCUUACCACACUAGCAAAUCGACCGGGCCGCUGAGAGAUGGUAGUCCCGCGCAAUUGCUCGUGCAAAACCUCGAUCAAAACCUUUCCACCAAACGAUCAGGACUCGGUAACGCCCAUAUUCCCAUGACGAAUGGAGUAACAAUGCCAGAGCAGGCAUCAACCAACAGAUGCAAGCCAUACUAUCUUCAUGGGAUGACGAGAACCGGCUUGCUUAUGAUCUCGGCCGGUACGGUGCAAAGGCCCAGGAAAAACCACACCCCGUCCGGGCAACUCAAGAUGUUUACCGCGCCUGCGGAAAACCGGAGGGUCUAG